AUGCCGCCGUUCCGCCUCCAGAUCAUCAAGCACUCCGCCCGCCGCUCACCGUCCUUGGCGGGAACCCACCUGAAACACAGCCACCUUCUGCCAGCUCUCUAUCGCAGAAGUGACGUCGACAAGUUGGUCGUGCUUACCUUGGAGCGAGUCGUGACUUUGCUCCUUCCACUCUCAAAGGUGCCCAACAUGGAGGAUCUGCCAUUGAUUGAAGGUGGGNGGCAUCCAGGUCGCUCCUGGCUAUCUACAAUCUGGACUCUUCUCUGGAGUGUCUUCCUUCCUACUGCUGUCAUAUUAUCAACUGCCGUCACUGCUUUUAUCCUCACCCUGCCCGAUCGUUAUGACCCUCAACAGAAGAACGCCUUUGAGGAAGAAGACGACAAGAAAACAAAAUCUGGAGCACCUGAUGAUGCUUCAGUCACUGUUCUGGUUCUGGGCGAUAUUGGAAGAAGCCCUCGCAUGCAAUACCACGUCGCCAGCAUAGCUGCAUACCGAGGUCGUGUCAGUCUGAUCGGCUAUCUGGAAUCAGAGCUUCUGCCUGAAAUCAGAAAUAACCCUUUCGUCACCGUUAUUCCUCUUGCGCCUCCACCUGAGGCUCUCCGCAAUGCUAAUAAAAUGCUGUUCCCCAUCAUCGCACCUUUGAAGGUUCUCUGGCAAAUUGCUACUGUAUGGUAUGCAUGUGGCUACCGCACAAAAGCCACAAAAUGGAUGUUGGUCCAGAACCCACCUUCAAUCCCUACUCUGGCAAUCGCACAGGCCAUGUGCUUCAUCCGCCACACACGUCUGAUCAUUGACUGGCAUAACUUUGGAUACACUAUCCUGGCUCUCAAACUUGGAGACAGGCAUCCUCUGGUCAGGAUCUCCGAGAUGUACGAGCGCUACGUCGCACGUGCGGCAGAUGCUCACUUCAGUGUGACCAAUGCCAUGGCCAGAGUACUCAAGCAGCGAUUUGGCGUAGAAGCGGUACCUCUCCACGACCGACCAGCCGAUCAAUUCCAGCCCUUGAAUCAGACCCAACGCUCCGAGUUCCUGCACAGAUGCUCAGAGACCGCACACUAUGCCAAACACCUCGACCAUGGCAGCUACAAGCUCUUGGUCUCUUCCACCUCGUGGACAGCCGAUGAAGACUUUUCAAUACUCCUGGAUGCUCUGGUUGCUUACUCGGCAACCGUGUCAAUGGCUACCCACCACGCCUACCCCAAGAUUCUUGCCAUAAUCACAGGAAAAGGCCCCUUGAAAGAAUACUACCUCUCCAAGAUCUCCACCCUCACCAAGGAAAAGAAGCUUGCUAACGUCAAGAUCGCGACCGCAUGGUUGAGUAAUGAGGAUUAUGCUUCUUUGCUGGCUUCUGCAGAUCUUGGCGUUUCUCUGCAUACUUCAUCAUCAGGUGUAGAUCUCCCAAUGAAGGUUGUGGAUAUGUUCGGCACCGGACUGCCUGUAGUCGGCUGGUCGCGCUUCGAAGCCUGGAAAGAACUCGUCCGUGAAGGUGUUAACGGCUUUGGCUUUUCUUCGGCUGAUGGCUUGGAGACUUUGCUUGAAGAAUUGUUCGGCNAAAAGGGAGCGAGAACGCUGGCAGCGAUUCGUAAAGGUGCUCUGGAAGAGUGUGGAAGGAGAUGGGAGGAUGAGUGGUUCCCCGUUGCUGGCAAAUUGCUGGGGCUGAAGAAAGAGGACUAUGAAAAGCACAUUGCGAAGCCCGAAGUGGUUCCCGUUCAUGGCGGCAACACUCUUGCCUCUGGCCACGAUCAGAAGACUGCCAACAUUACUGAGCCCUACCAAGACUCGUCUGACUACAGUACUGGUCAGGCUCCCAUGAGCACUGGACGUGAGUCUACUGUUGCAAGCAGCUCUGGAGGUGAUGUUGACCGUGUCUCUCACGAUGCUACCCACGAUGAUACCCGCGAUGCUAUCCACACCGGUCCUACUACCAAUACUAUUGAGAACACUGCCACUGGCAUUGCCACUGACAUCCAAGGUGAAGAAGCUCAGCACACCUUCCUGGGCAAGAACAACCCUGUUUUGCAGGGUCUUGUUUAA